AUGUAUUUCUGGCAGUUCAUAACCGAAGUUUUAACCACUGAGGAGGAGGUCACCGAGGAGGAGAUCAUUGAGGAAGAGAUCACCGAGGAGGAGGACACUGAGGAGGAGAUCACUGAGGAGGAGGUCACCGAGGAGGAGGUCACCGAGGAGGAGGUCACUGAGGAGGAGGUCACAGAGGAGGAGGUCACUGAGGAGGAGGUCACUGAGGAGGAGGUCACUGAGGAGGAGAUCACCGAGGAGGAGAUCACUGAGGAGGAGAUCACCGAGGAGGAGAUCACUGAGGAGGAGAUCACCGAGGAGGAGAUCACCGAGGAGGAGAUCACAGAGGAGGAGGUCACUGAGGAGGAGAUCACUGAGGAGGAGAUCACUGAGGAGGAGAUCACAGAGGAGGAGGUCACUGAGGAGGAGAUCACUGAGGAGGAGAUCACCGAGGAGGAAGUCACUGAGGAGGAGGUCACUGAGGAGGAGGUCACCGAGGAGGAGGUCACUGAGGAGGAGGUCACAGAGGAAGAGGUCACAGAGGAAGAGGACACUGAGGAGGAGAUCACCGAGGAGGAGAUCACUGAGGAGGAGAUCACAGAGGAGGAGGUCACUGAGGAGGAGAUCACUGAGGAGGAGAUCACCGAGGAGGAAGUCACUGAGGAGGAGGUCACUGAGGAGGAGGUCACAGAGGAGGAGGUCACAGAGGAGGAGGUCACUGAGGAGGAAGUCACUGAGGAGGAGAUCACAGAGGAGGAAGUCACUGAGGAGGAAGUCACUGAGGAGGAGGUCACUGAGGAGGAGGUCACUGAGCAGGAGGUCACCGAGGACGAGGUCAUCGAGGAGGAGGUCACUGAGGAGGAGGUCACUGAGGAGGAGGUCACUGAGGAGGAGGUCACUGAGGAGGAGGUCACUGAGGAGGAGGUCACUGAGGAGGAGGUCACUGAGGAGGAGGUCACUGAGGAGGAGAUCACCGAGGAGGAGAUCACUGAGGAGGAGGUCAAUGAGGAGGAGGUCACUGAGGAGGAGGUCACUGAGGAGGAGGUCACUAAGGAGGAGGUCACUGAGGAGGAGAUCACCGAGGAGGAGAUCACCGAGGAGGAGAUCACUGAGGAGGAGGUCACUGAGGAGGAGGUCAAUGAGGAGGAGGAGGUGGACUGGACACCCAAGCAAUAG